UGAGGGUCACUGCUACCGCGCCUGUCACCCUGAGAUGCAGCUAAUUCGCAGUGUCUUAAACAUCUACAACAAUUAAUGGAGCAGCCACUCAUCAAUCAACCUAGUCAACAAUGUAAACAACAAGGGAUGCCUAUUUCACCACAACAAUUGUCCAUAGGUCACUUUCCACCACAAAAUAUGGAACCAUGUCCCAAUAAUCCCUGUUCACCUCCGCUAAUUCCUAACCCACCUCUAUCAACACAACAAUUAUUUGCUCCCUUUUCGACACAACGAACACAGCCGUGCCCGAAUAAUCCCAAUUCGCCUCCGGUAAUUCCAAAUGCUCCUAUUGCAACACAACAAUUAUUUGUUCCUUGUUCACAACAACAUAUGCAACCGUGUCCCGAUAAUUCUAAUUCACCUCCGAUAAUUCCUAACCUACCUAUUUCAACGCAGCAAUUGUUAAUCCCUUUUUUGCGCCAACAAAUAAAACCAUGUCCCAAUAAUCCCAACUCACCUCCAAUAAUUCCCAAUUCACAUGUUUCAACACAACAAUUAUUAAUACCUUUUCCACAACAAGAAACACAACCAUGUCCCAAUAAUCCCCAUUCACCUCCGACAAUUCCUAAUUCACCUAUUUCAGUACAAGAAUUAUUAAUUCCUUUUUCACCGCAACCAAAUCAACUAUGUCCUAAUAUUGAAUUUAUUUCAUCUCCUAAUCCAAAUGUUCCUUGCGCGCCUCAAAUAAUAACCCCCGUUGAAGUUGGAUCUACAAUCAUUAUAACAGACAGUUCACCAGAAGCUUGUCAGAAUUUAGCUGAAACAUUACAAUUAAUGAUUGUAUGUAACAUGUUACAGAACAAUUUAGGUGCGAAAGAGAUAGGUAUACAAAUGGCUACUCCGGUCAUAAAUGAUUUACUGUCGUCUCCAGUAUUAUCAUGUGGUUGUUCCAACCCAAUUUUUGCCAGCGGUAUUUUACCCAACCUUAUUUCUAAUUCUAAUUUCAUCACGCCAUGUGAUUCGUCGUGUUCGUACUUAAGCUAUUUAAAUUACAUGUAGUGUGUAAGAACUGAUCAAGUCCUAUAUUGAUUCGCUGUUUGAGAACGCUAAGUGUGGUUGGUUGUACAUUCUUACUACAUUAUGUCGAUAAGGUUUAUUUUGCUUUAUUACGAUAUAGUUAUCGACAGUGGCUUUCUAGAAUAGUGGCAUAUUUCAAAAAUACUAAUUCAUCAGGGA